AUACUGUUUAUCUUAUUUACUUAUUCCAAAUAAUACGGGGUGAUUAAUCCCCAAUCGUUGUGAGGAAAUGCGUAAUAUCGUCUUCCGGAUUUUGGGUAUUGUUACGGUGUUGACCGGAUGCCGGGCGUUGAAUUUCAUAACGGUUAUUAUCGGUGAAAACCGGCUAUCUGGAUACUACGCUGCUAUGCCAUAUUACGACGCCGCAUUUGACAUCGCAGCUCAAAGAUACCCAGCCAUCUUUGGUAAUUUAACUCGCAUUCCUGUUUACAAACCUGGAAACACGGACUGCAAGAUUUCGGGAGACGAAAUGCCAGAACUUCUCGGCCGAGUUUAUAAAGCACUGCAAGAAAUGGAGGGACUUACAAUUUUGCUGUCCCAUGGUUGUAGUCCAGAAAUGAUUAUUCUUGGAGAUUUCGCUCGUGAGGUCAAGGUUCCGCUACUCGCCAGUCUAUCGACGGAUGUUAUCUUCACCGACCGCCGGCGCUACUCAACAGUCGUCGGAUUCGGGGGAACCAGUCAAGGUAAUCAGGUACCGGCUAUCCGGGCCUUUCUCCGCCACUACCUCUGGACCACGGUCACGCUAUUCUGCGAUGCGAUCAGCAAUUAUACGACGCUAUCGGGUUUCAUCGGAGCAAACUGCCGCGGAUUACAAGCGGUCCUCACGGCCGCCAAUGGAUACGAGUUGUACGUUGAAAAUUAUGAUUCCAGUAAGGAUCCUGAUUAUACUCCGCGACUGUUGCGUGCUAAAAGCCAAUCACGCAUUUACAUCAUAUUUACUCGGGCUGAUCAAAUGCGGAAAUUAAUGGUUACUGCACAUGCCCUAAACAUGACACGUAGUGAAUUUGUUUAUAUCCAUCCCAUGUGCAACCAGGGCGUGGGAUACCUUCCGCUUGAUGUUAAUGUUGGAGACGAUGAUGAUACGAUCAUCCGGCAAGCUUACAAGUAUGUCAUUAAGGUGACCUUUACCCCCAUUGAUUACGAGUCCGCAGCGGACUUCCUGCACGCUGUUGCUGUGAAAGCCGACAGCAGCUACAACUUCACUUACGGAUACGAUGAAUUACACAAUGAGAUCGCCAUGGCCAUUCCGGAAAUGAUCUUGUCCGUCGGAAAGGCUCUGAAUGAAUCAUCCAUUCCGCUGAGUGCGCUGUCCUAUAAUGAUUUUCUGAACCUCUUCGUAAAUUGCACCUUUGAUAAUGGUGUCUUACGGCAAGUUGUAAUGGGACCGCUGGGAAUGCGCUUGGUGGAUUCGGUGUUUUAUAAACUCAACCCAGUUAGUCAAGAAUUUCAGCGAAUCAGCCCCUGA